CUUUUCUUUUCCUCAGGAGAUAAUGGCGUAAAGCUCAUUGACCCCAUGGGGGAGAUGGUGGCAGCGUCGUGGGAAGACCAUGCCACACAGCUAGCUAACGCCGAGCAGGACUCUCUUCUCACAGAACUGGAAAACAUUAUUGAAAAGGAGACCAUUGAUAUGAACGAGUCAGCCAGUGUCUACAUCGGCAAAGACACCAGGCCAAGCAGUGGGAGUCUGUCUCAGGCUGUGGUGGAUGGCGUGUCCUCAUUGGGAGGCAAAAUUCACGACUACGGUCUGGUCACCACUCCCCAGCUGCAUUAUAUGGUCUGUUGUCGCAACACAAAUGGCUGCUAUGGUAGUGCCACCAUGGAGGGUUACUACCAGAAACUCUCGCAUGCUUUCCUUCAACUCACACAGAAUGCACCAAACCGCACCGAUGACCAGAAAAGGCUAGUGGUGGACGGAGCCAAUGGGAUUGGAGCGUUGAAGAUGAGAGAAAUGGAGGCGUUUCUUCGCUCCGAGCUGCAGGUGGUGCUUUCAAACGACGGCAGCCGUGGAAAACUCAACCACCUGUGUGGAGCGGACCACGUCAAAGUCCAACAGAAACCACCAGAAGAUUUGACUAUGGGAGCCGGGGAACGCUGUUGUUCGUUUGACGGCGACGCCGACCGCAUUGUUUACUAUUACACUGAUUCCGAUGGACGCUUUCAUCUCCUGGACGGAGACAAGAUCGCCACCCUCAUCAGCACGUAUCUCAAAGAGCUUCUCACACAGGCAGGGCUCGAUUUGCAGAUCGCUGUUGUUCAGACGGCCUACGCCAAUGGAAGCUCCACUCGCUACUUGGAGGAUGUUAUGAUGGUCACUGUAUGCUGUACGAAAACGGGUGUGAAGCAUCUACAUCACGCAGCGCAGCAGUAUGAUAUAGGGGUUUAUUUUGAGGCCAAUGGACACGGAACGGUUCUGUUCAGCAAAGCAGCGCAGAAACAGAUUCUGGAGCUUGUCAAAGAUCCUAACACGAACGAUGAGAAAAAACGAGCGGUUAAACUCUUGGAGAAUACAGUCAACUUGAUCAACCAGACGGUUGGAGAUGCUAUUUCAGAUAUGUUGGUGAUUGAAGCUGUGUUGGCCAUCAGAGGAAUGUCUGUCCAAGACUGGGAUGCGAUUUACACCGACCUGCCCAACCGCCAGCUUAAAGUCAAGGUGUCUGACAGGCGAGUUAUAGACACAACAGAUGCAGAGAGACGAGCCGUGACACCAGAGGGUCUGCAAGAGGCUAUUGAUUCGCUUGUGAAGAAAUACAAACAGGCUCGGGCUUUUGUAAGACCCUCGGGCACGGAGGAUGUUGUCAGGGUGUAUGCAGAAGCAGACACGCAGAAAGGUGCAGAUAGUCUGGCUCAUGAGGUCAGUCUGGUCGUGUAUCGCCUUGCUGGAGGAGUGGGUGAUGAACCCAAGCCAUUACAAUAAUCACACGCGGAGAAUCCGUCCAAUAAGAUAUCAUGUCAAUUUUGUAAUGCUGUUAAAGUGUAAAUUUACAGUAAAUUACAGUGGCACAAACAUGUUUGGAAGAUGGGAAUUUUUACGGUUUACAAUUGUAUGUAUGAACAGUAUGAAUGACUUUUAUGAUUAUAUGGAAAUUGAUAUACACUGUUAAAAAAUUAUGUUUUUAGGUUACGUCCUGUUUUAAAAUAGUUUUUGACUUGUAUAUGUCAUUUGACUAUAAUUCUAUAAUAUACAUUUUUAAUCUUGCCCGCUAUAAUCUUUGUUAUAGCAAUAUGAAAUAAAAAUGCAGCAGAUAUUAACAUUAACAUAGACUUGUUGUAUUUUCUGGACUGUAUGUGUAUGGAAUGAAGAUUUAUUAAAAAUUUAAAUAAAAUUGAUUUA